UGAGAGAGUGAGGCGCCUCCUUCUUCCCGCUUCCAUAUUGCUUCGGGAAGAAGGCACGGGCAAUUCGCUGACCGAUCCUUUCCUUUCCUGCACUUUCAAGCUGCACGCCACAAACUGCCAACCUCUCCGUUCCAUCAAUCUAACCUUUUCUUAACCCAACGUGCAUGGCCCUACAGUGCCCACCAGCCAUUGGCGGCCUCUACGCUGCUUGCCCUGCAUUGCAUUGCCAGAUCGCAGUUGCGAACCGGGGGGUGGGAUGGACGGCAGGAGGUGCAUCUAGGAGGGAGGGAUUGCCGAGCACCAGAGUUUACGAAUGCAGAUAGAUGCCAGGCGCAAGGCAGCACCGGUGGACUUGGAGGUGAGAACACCUGACAUCUCAGGUAAAGCCAAUAAGGCAGGUGAGGGAAAGAGAUGCAAGCAAGUCAAAGUACCUUGCCUUUUGGAUCGAGGUCUCGCAGGCCUUGUUUUCCUCGCUUCUGCCACCCCAGCUCCAUUAAAGCAACACCGUCCAGCGGCAUUGCCAACUCAUCAUUGCAUGACCUGCAUUCCAUGGGGCUACACUUUUAUUUUUAUUUUUUAUACCUCUCUUUCUUUCUUGCUUUUUUUUCCCUCUUCCGCGCGCGCACUACCGUGUAGUGUACGCACCAACCGGCCGUUGCGCUGCAUAUGGCUGGGCGGCGGCGGCUGCUACAAACAAGACCGCGUCCAAGGUAUCUGUACUCGCCUCUUUCCAUGGAUGGUGGAUAAUAAUAUGUAGUAACUGUACUUUGAUGCGUCGUAAAUACCUACCCUAUACGGAUACAAGGGGACAAAUGAUACUCAACGACCGAGGUUCUUCUUCGUACCCCACGCUCAGGAGCAGCAGCAGUGACGACAAUCAUUCAGAGCCCCCCCAGCUCCAAGCAUCCGUCUCUGCCUGACCUUACAAUACUUGUGGCUUCUCGCCGUCCGUCACUAUCUCCGUCCUCCCACCCCUCUCGGUCCUGUCACCGUCGUUGUCCGUUUAUGGCCGUCCAACGGUCUGCGUUCGCGUGGCUUUUCGGCCUCUUUUGUUAUUUUAUUUUAUUUUUUUAUGCCCCUCCAACCCCUCCAUACUAACCUUUCAAGUCUAUCCUCUCGUGCCAUUUAGUUUUUGCCUCAUCCUACAGCAAGAUGGUGGCUCUCGGUUGAUUCAAGUACCAUGCGGCACUUGCUGCAACUCUCGCUACACACACCCACACACACACACACACACACACA